AAAAAAAAAAAAAAAAACAACAACAAAAAAAACCCAGACCAAACAUCAUAAAAAAUAUUGUGCAAUCUGACCUCCAACCCAACGCAUCCAUAAAAUAAACAGUUCUGUAUUACAUUAAAUCAAACGUGGACUGGAGAAAAUAAAACACGCAAUGACACGCAAUAAAACACGCAAUGACGUGUUCCUCUGAACAACUGGCCCCGCUAUUCUGGAAGACUCCUGUAAAUAGUUUAUAUACAAUAUUCCUAAUGUGAUGUAAAUUUACUCCCAAUAUUAAUUAUCAUUUACACCUGUGUUAUCUCUCAUUCACUAUCUAGAUCGGCGACCGGCGUGUCUUAUCUACAUAAAUUAUAAUUCUACGGUAAUCUGCCAGAGAACCCCUCUCCACGUUAUCGUCACGUGACCCCCUGUGACGCGUUCUCUCCCCUGUCCGAUUUCUCGAUAUCAUUCGUCCCCUGCUGGUCUAGUGUUAAACAUGUUGACGCUGUUGGUUUUACUUUCUGUGUUCGAGUUCUCGCUGCAGCAGUGUUGUUUUCCUUCUCAGUGGGAAGGAAUCGAGUCCGGUACUAUAGCCACUGUAUCGCCAGGGGCCAAGGCACCGGUAUACACCUCGUUUAACUAUUUGCUGUCCGUGGACUACUCCAAACACCUGUUGUCUCUUUCCGGAAGUGUAAUUACAGGCCCUUCCACUACUCAGAUGAGAGUCAUCCGAGAUUAUACCGCGAAACUGCAAUAUUCCAUCGACACUGCUACCAAUGUCUGCACUAAAUCCGUACUGGCGGAAAAGGAGAUCCCGUGUCUCGGAAGCAAUGGAGACAACUCUACGGUAAUGGCUCAGACUCACCUGGGGGCUAGCGGUCAACAGCUCGCCAUCACCGUAUAUAACGGCGUGCUUAACGGCAUGCCUUCCACGCUGUCAGUGUCCGAGGGGUGUAUCCCAGUGGGAGUGGCUUAUCACGGCAUGAGCGCGGACGGAAGUCGUGUUGUGGGUUCUAUUGGGUUUCACGGUAUCACGGGAGGUAUUUCGGACGCCUCGGUCUUCACCGUACCAGCUAAUUGUAUUUCAUCACCAUUAGUGAACUCGGUGGUGGGGUGAUGUUCUAUGCUGUAUUCAUCUUCAAUUUGACAAAAUCUUGUAUGUAUAUGUUGAAUAAAUUACUUAUGUUAUAUCA